UCCUCUCUCUUUCCUUGUCUCCUCUUUCUCUUCCCUGCUUUUCUGCUCUUACUCAUUUUUCUUCCCACUUAAGGUACCAUGGCAAACAAUGCCAGGCUGUAAGGUUUGCUUGAAGUCAUUAAUAGCCACAAGUCUACAAUUCCCUUUCUAAAGUUUCCUCCCCCUUCUAAUCUCAAAGUCCAGCUGGUCAGUGAGCAAUUGGAGCCCAUCCUCCCACUGACCUGCUUCCACUGUUGGAAUUUGCUUCCUGCCUGGAAGAGAUGGCUCUUGCCUGGAGACAUUUGCGGAGAGCCUUCCACUUGGAGACUUCGUCUUUGAGAAUACUCAAGACGUACCCAUCCUUGAGCUUAGGUGCUUCCAGGACACCCGCAUCUAAGCUCACAUUUCAUACAAAGCCCGAAAUGCCAUCAUGUGACUUCUCACCUGAGAGAUACCAGUCCCUUGCUUAUAGCCAUAUCCUGGAGAUUCAUAAACAACAUCUUUCUCCUGUGAGAACAGCAUAUUUCCAGAAGCCCUUGCUGCUUCACCAGGGACACAUGGAGUGGCUAUUUGAUUCUGACGGAAACAGAUACCUGGAUUUCUUCUCUGGGAUUGUCACUGUUAGUGUUGGUCACUGCCACCCGAAGGUAAACGCAGUGGCACAAGAGCAGAUGGAACGCCUGUGGCACACGAGUUCCAUCUUCUUCCACCCUCAAAUGCAUGAAUAUGCAGAAAAACUUUCAGCACUUCUUCCUGAACCUCUUAAGGUCAUUUUCUUGGUGAACAGCGGCUCAGAAGCCAAUGACCUGGCCAUGGUGAUGGCCAGAGCAUACUCAAAAAAGACAGACAUCAUUUCCUUCAGAGGAGCCUAUCAUGGAUGCAGUCCCUACACACUUGGUUUGUCAAAUGUAGGGUCCUUCAAGAUGGAACUUCCCAGUGGCAUGGGCUGCCAUUCAACAAUGUGCCCAGAUGUUUUCCGUGGCCCUUGGGGAGGAAGCUACUGUCGUGAUUCUCCAGUGCAAACAAUUAGAAAAUGCAGCUGUGUACCAGACUGCUGCCAAGCUAAAGAACAAUAUAUUGAACAGUUUAAAGAUACACUGAACACUUGUGUGGCCAAGUCAAUUGCUGGAUUUUUUGCAGAACCAAUUCAAGGCGUGAAUGGCGUUGUCCAGUACCCAAAGGGAUUUCUGAAGGAAGUCUUUGAGCUGGUGCGAGAGAGGGGAGGCGUAUGCAUUGCAGAUGAAGUGCAGACGGGAUUUGGAAGGUUGGGCUCUCACUUCUGGGGCUUCCAAACCCAGGAUGUGAUGCCUGACAUUGUCACCAUGGCUAAAGGGAUUGGGAAUGGCUUUCCCAUGGCAGCAGUUGUGACCACUUCAGAAAUUGCCAAAUCAUUGGCUAACUGCUUACUUCAUUUCAACACCUUUGGAGGAAGCCCCUUGGCCUGCGCCAUUGGAUCUGCCGUACUUGAGGUGAUCAAAGAAGAAAAUAUGCAGGAAAACAGUCAAGAAGUUGGUACCUACAUGUUACUGAAGUUUGCUAACCUCCGAGAUGAGUUUGACAUCAUUGGGGAUGUCCGAGGCAAAGGCCUUAUGGUAGGAAUAGAGAUGGUUCAGGACAAGAGGAGCCGCCGGCCUCUUCCUCUUAAAGAAGUAAAUCAAAUCCAUGAGGAUUGUAAAGACAUGGGGCUUAUAAUGGGCAGAGGUGGCCCUUUUUCUCAGACUUUCCGCAUCAUGCCCCCAAUGUGCGUCACUAAGCCGGAAGUUGAUUUUGCAGUUGAAGUAUUUCGCUCUGUCUUAAUUCAACACAUGGAGAGAAGAGCUAAGUAAAAUUUUAGAAAGAAAGAACCACAAGCCUCAAGAACUUCUCACUUUGCAUGAGGAUGCAUUUGGGGAAUUUCAAAACGAGUGGGAUUAGAUGAAAAACAGCUCUCUGUGGUACUUAUGAAAGAUGUGGUUGACAUACUUGUUAAUAUUUUGCCCCUAUUCUCCGAGAAUUCUAUCUUGCAGGGAAAAUCUCUAUCCCUGACUCACAGAAUAAGUCUUCAUUAAUAUAGACUUGUAUAGGAUGAUUUUAUUUCUUUUUGUAUUGACUGGUUUUUAAAUGAAUACAUGGCAUGUUUGUAGUCAAUGUAUACUGAGAGAAAAUCUUUCUGUGGUGGUGGCAUCUCUGGACAAAGGUUUCUUCACACUUGGCUCUUCAGUUCAAAUGCUUCUUGUUGCACUGAAAACAAUGCAUGUCAUGAUGGGAUUUCUCAACUCACAUCAGGCAUCUGGGCCCAUGAAGGUACUUGGAAAGUGAAUAAAAACUGAGUGGUUGGUAAUGUCAAUGACUCACUCACGACGAAUCCUGGAGCCACCCUCUCUUAGAGAUUCUUGGCAUAUAACAUAAUAAAUUCAUUGUGCUACUUAAGACA